AUGAUGCUCACACCGAGCCUUCGUGGGUUUGCCAUUUUGGCAGCCCUGCUCUCAAUUGGCUCUGAAGCCGCACCGCAGCGCCGUCACAACCCGAUCCUACCGAAACGUCAGGCAUUGGACACAGAUUAUGACUACGUCGUCGUGGGCUCAGGGCCUGGCGGUGGGCCGACGGCUGCCAACCUUGCAGAGGCUGGAUAUAAAGUGUUGCUGAUCGACGCCGGAGGUGACUCAGGAGAAGCACCGGUAGAGUCCGUACCUGCGCUUUACCCCUAUGCGACCGAGUUCGAAGACACGCAAUGGGAUUAUUACGUGACACGAAGCUCGGACCCAGCCGUAGAGGCCAAGAACCUCGUCACGUCAUACAGGCUCGCCAAUGGCACUAUUUACACUGGCCUUGAUCCGCCAGCAGAUGCGACACCCAUCGGAACUCUGUAUCCCAGAGCGGGUACGCUGGGUGGAUGUUCGCGGCACAAUGCACUGAUUACUAUCCGGGCAUUCGACAGUGAUUGGACCACCGUCGCAGAUAGAACGGGUGACAAAUCAUGGAGCGGCAGCACCUUCCAGAAGCUGUUCGAGGCUAUGGAGCACUGCAACUACCUCCCUAACUCGAUCGUGGGACAUGGUUUCAACGGCUGGUUUUGGACGGAACUGACGUCGCUUGUCACUGUGGUUCAGGACUUGAAACUCAUUAGCAUCAUUGUAUCAGCUGCGUCGGCACUAGGAAAGGGAAUCACAGGCACUCUGAUUGGCACUGUUGGUGGCUUAGCCGAGAUCCUUACGCAGGAUGUCAAUGCUCCCGGCAGCACGAUCGCCGUCGGCCCCUAUCAAGUCCCUCUUGCUAUGAAGAACUCAGUCCGGGGCGGUAUCCGAGAACGCCUCCUCGAAAUUGCCACGGCCGUCGACGACGAUGGAAAUAGACGGUACCACCUCGACAUCAAGCUUAACACUCUGGUAACCAAAAUCCAGUUUGAUCAGAGCGGAGAUGUGCCGCAUGCAACUGGUGUUGAGUACCUCGAGGGACAAAGUCUAUAUCGAGCGGAUCCACGGUGGGAAAGUGCUAGUGUCGUUGGGGAGGGUGUAGUCAAGGCCGCAAAAGAGAUCAUCAUUGCCGGCGGUGCCUUCAAUACUCCCCAAUUACUGAAAUUGAGUGGUGUUGGCCCGAGCGACGAGCUGGCACAACAUAACAUCCCCGUUGUUGUCAAUCUCCCAGGAGUUGGAGCCAACCUUCGAGACCACAUCGAGGUUUCUGUGAUCUCCAAGUCAAACACAAACUUCACGCUUAUCAACGGCUGUACCUUCAUGCAGGGAUAUCCUGAGGUCCCAGAUCCAUGUCUUGAGCGGUACCAGAACGGCCUGACACCGAUAGACAAGGGCGUAUACGCGACAAACGGUCUCGCCCUCGCUGUGGCACUCCGAACUUCGGCAGCAGACACCGCCGACCCUGACGUGAUGACAUAUGGUGGGCCUGCGAACUUCCCAGGGUUCUAUCCUGGUUGGGCGGACGUGGCACUCGCGGAUCACAAGCACUGGGUCUGGGUAUCGCUCAAGGCCCUGACCAAGAACCGUGCCGGCACCGUAAAGCUGACCAGUGCGGACCCCCGAGACGUCCCGGCUGUCGCCUUCAACACGUUUGAAGACAGCCUAUCGGCCGACCAGGACCUGCAGGCCAGCUACGAGGGCAUCAAAUUUGCGCGCGAUGCUAUGGACAAGUUGAUCCCUCUCGGAGGAACCUUUGAGGAGGUGCGCCCCGGACGGAAAGAGGCGCCAUCGGUAGAAGAUGUCAAGGAGUACGUCAAGACUCAGAGUUUCGGUCAUCAUGCUUGCUGUACAGCAGCCAUUGGUGGCGAUGACGAGGAGGGUGCAGUUCUGGAUUCUGCAUUCCGAGUCAGGGGUACGACUGGGUUGCGAGUCGUGGACGCCAGCGCGUUCCCUACGGUGCCGGGCUUCUUCAUUGCGCUGCCGACGUACUUGCUUUCUGAGAAGGCAAGUGCAGCUAUUCUGCAGGAUGCUUGA